UAUAUAAUAACAUGCCCUAAUAGAGCAUGAACAUUAUAUUGUGGCUAAGUAACCAAUUUCAAUGAAGAAAAUAAUGGGAAUAUGUAUUAUUUUUUUAUUCCUUUUUUUGAUUCUAAGUUCUAAUGCUUUUAGUAGGGUGGAUGAAGAGGCACAAAUGGAAGGCCAAGAUCAUGUACAUAAACCUAUCACAAAUUAUGGGAGUGCAACAAUGUGGGACAUGGAAGAGGAUGAAUGGCAAAUGGUAGGGAAGAAAGGAAACCAAUUUGUGGUGAAUAGUCAGCCUUUCUAUAUAAAUGGAUUCAACGCAUAUUGGUUGAUGAUGUUUGCGGCAGAUGACUCCACCAGACGAAAAGUCACCGAGGUUUUCAAACAAGCAACCUCACUAGGUAUGACAGUUUGUAGAACUUGGGCUUUCACUGAUGGCCAACGGCAGGCCCUACAAAAAUCCCCUUCGGUUUAUGAUAAAGAAGUCUUCAAGGCCUUGGACUUUGUGGUAAGUGAAGCAAAGAAAUACAAAAUCAGGCUGAUAUUAUCAUUGGCCAACAAUUGGGAGUCAUAUGGUGGAAAAUCACAAUAUGUGAAAUGGGGCAAAGAUGCUGGCCUUAACUUGACCUCUGAUGAUGACUUCUACACACAUUCAACCCUUAGAAGUUACUACAAGUCCCAUGUUAAGACUGUGCUCAAUAGAGUUAACACAUUCACAAAUAUCACUUAUAAGGAAGAUCCUACCAUUUUUGCUUGGGAACUCAUGAAUGAGCCUAGAUGCAACUCUGAUCCCACAGGUGACAAGUUACAGGAUUGGAUACAAGAAAUGGCAUUCCAUGUGAAAAAAAUUGAUCCAAAACACCUAGUGGAGAUUGGACUAGAAGGAUUUUAUGGCCCUUCAACACCUCAGAGACUUCAGUUCAAUCCAAAUACAUAUGCUCAACAAGUUGGAACUGACUUUAUCAGGAACCACCAAGUUCUUGGUGUAGACUUUGCUUCUGUUCACAUGUAUGCUGACUCUUGGGUUUCACAACAAAUUGCUGAUACACAUAUCCCAUUUGUAAAAUCAUGGAUGGAUGCACACAUUGAGGAUGCUGAAAAGUAUCUUGGAAUGCCAGUUAUUUUUUCUGAGUUUGGUGUAUCAUCCAAGGAUCCUGGCUACAACUCAACAUAUAGAGACACACUAAUAAGCACUGUUUACAGCUCAAUCCUAAACUCCACAAAGAAAGGAGGGAGUGGGGCUGGAAGCCUUUUGUGGCAGGUAUUUUCUGAAGGAAUGGAUAAUAUGGAUGAUGGUUAUGCUAUUGUUUUCUCAAAAUCUCCUUCCACUUCAAGUAUUGUAACCCUUCAAUCCACGAGGCUUGCUUUGUUCAACUCCUUGUGUUCUACCAGAUGCAAUUGGAGUUGUAAGAAGAAGAAAAUGUUGGAGAAGAUACUCUAUCAUGAUGAACUCUAACUUAUGUAAAGUUUCCCUUUGUAAAGCUAUAGCCAUAUAAAACCAUGCAAGUUGAAUUUGUGCAGUCAUGCAAGCUCACCAUCUUAAGAUAGAAACAUGUUAUAGUAUUCUUCACUGAUGACAUUUACCAGUUAUGCAUACUUGCCGGUAAUAAUCAAAUAAAAGUGCAAAAUGUCAUUGAAUAUAUCAUCUCAUCUUGUGAGUAAUAUCAUUGAAAAUGACAAAUAUACUUACAUAAAGGUCAUGUUUGGAUA